AUGGCGGGGUCUGGAAGAUCUAAUUACUAUCUCAUCAAGGGAGUUCUUCGGCCUGAGAUUGUAGGCACUCAUGAACGGGCAGCUACGAGAUAG